CUCUAUUGUACAGAAGAAACUUCUCCUCGGUUCUACCUAUUCCUCGGUCCAACGGUGUCCUGCUUUCACCAGCCGUCUUCUCUCCCUGGCGCUGGCAUCUUCAGUUUGCAGUCUCUGGUCAUCUCCUGUACUAUGUCUUCAGUCUCUGGUCAUCUACUGUACUAUGUCUGCAGUCUGUGGUCAUCUCCUGUACUAUGUCUGCAGUCUCUGGUCAUCUCCUGUACUGUGUCCACAGUCUCUGGUCAUCUCCUGUACUGUGUCCGCAGUCUCUGGUCAUCCCCUGUACUAUGUCCGCAGUCUCUGGUCAUCUACUGUACUAUGUCCGCAGUCUCUGGUCAUCUACUGUACUAUGUCUGCAGUCUGUGGUCAUCUCCUGUACUAUGUCUGCAGUCUCUGGUCAUCUCCUGUACUAUGUCCGCAGUCUCUGGUCGUCUCCUGUACUAUGUCCGCAGUCUCUGGUCAUCUCCUGUACUAUGUCCGCAGUCUCUGGUCGUCUCCUGUACUAUGUCCGCAGUCUCUGGUCAUCCCCUGUACUAUGUCCGCAGUCUCUGGUCAUCUCCUGUACUAUGUCUGCAGUCUCUGGUCAUCUCC